UAUAGUUCAUGCCCGAUUGGUAUGUGCUAACCAAUAAUUGGCUUCGUGUUCAAAAUACGAUCACUUCUCGUAAGUCACGUACAGAAAAUUCGCACAAUGUUUUAAUAAAUUGCCAAGUGAUCAAUUACGUGAUUGAUUAUUUGUAACGAGAAAUUGCGCGAUUGUCCAAAAUUGUAGUAGAACGUUCGUGCGGAGUGUUCCGCAAAUUUAACAUAUGAUCGGUCAUUUUUACGAUACGAUCUGUCGUUUCUUGAUUUUGCACAAUCAUUUCUCGAUUAUUCGAACUUGCUGCGAAAUUUCUACGAUUUUCUCGUCCUGAAACUCAAGAUUAUGAUAUCUCUUCAAUCGCAGAAUCAGGUGUUAUACCAUCUAACACAGUUGGCAUUGACAGUAGCUCCUAGGACAACUACAUAUUCGAUCCAAGCUAAGAAACAAGAUGAAUCUAAACAAAAAAAUACAGAGGAGACAACAAUUUGUAGAGAGAGUUUUGAAGAGGCAACAAAAAAUUGUACAGAACUAUCAGAAAUAAAUAUAAAUACUUUAAAUGCACUAAGAAGAAUGAAAGAAAAUAAAGUAUAUGUGAUAUUGGAUAAUAUAUCUAGUAGUGUAUUGAGAAAACCUUUGGAAGAGAAUAGCAAGUGGAAAGUGUCUUACAUAUCUGGCCUAAGUUUUGACGAAAACAAACAGGGUUUUCCAUGCUCACCAUUAACAGAGCCUGUUGUUCUAUCUGCCAUUUGUCUACAUUCAAAACAACAACCUAAAUUAUUACACACAUGGUAUGCCAAAACAUUACACAGUCAUAUGCCAAUUCGUACAUUUAAGUCUCAGCGUAGCAUUAAAAUUGAACUGGAACAAAAUCCGUCAUUAAUGAAUAGAGUGAAGAAGUGGCUUGGUUUGUCUUCCAAUAUUCAUAUGAGUUUGGUGCAUGAGCCAAAGACUGCGGAUUAUCAAAAGUUAAACAAAAUUCUUAACAAUACUGAUGUAUCAGUAGACGAACAAAAGAGAAUAAAAAUUGCCUUUGUAGAAGGAUAUGAGUCUGGAUUACAACGGCAGAUAUAUAGCCGAGCAACGAUGUUGUUUAAACUCAUACAGAAUAUAAUAAUUCUUGGUUCUGUCAUUCUUUUUAUCUGUUUUUAUCUUAGCUAUCCAGGAGGAGGAAUAUUCAAGCUUCCUAUGAACCAUACAAUAGAGAUCGAUCCUGAGGACAUUCAGGUUACUUUUGAUGACGUUAAAGGGGUGGACGAAGCAAAGCAGGAACUUCUGAAUGUAGUGGAGUUCUUGAAAAAUCCUGAUAAAUUUUCUGCUCUUGGUGGGAAGUUGCCAAAAGGAGUAUUGCUGGUCGGACCGCCAGGAACAGGAAAGACGUUGUUAGCUCGCGCAGUUGCGGGAGAAGCUGGUGUACCAUUCUUCCAUGUAGCAGGUCCAGAGUUUGAUGAAAUCCUUGUCGGCCAAGGCGCUCGACGCGUCAGAGAUUUAUUCAGAGCUGCAAAAGAAAGAGCGCCUUGCGUAGUUUUUAUUGAUGAGAUCGAUUCUGUGGGUGCAAAACGAACAAAUUCAGUUCUUCAUCCUUAUGCGAAUCAAACGAUCAAUCAAUUGCUCUCUGAAAUGGACGGCUUUCGUCAGAAUGAAGGUGUUAUAGUACUCGGUGCCACUAACAGGCGCAAAGAUCUCGACAAAGCUUUAAUGCGCCCCGGGCGCUUCGACGUCGAGAUUUACGUCAAUAAGCCCGAUUAUUCGGGCCGUAAAGAAAUAUUAGAUCUCUACUUAUCCAAGAUAUUAACGCACGACGUUGACACGGUUUAUCUAGCACGCUGCACUACAGGAUUUACUGGUGCCGAUCUCGAAAACAUGGUAAACCAAGCUGCGUUACGUGCAGCAAUUGAUGAGGCAGACUGCGUCACUAUGAAGCACUUGGAGUAUGCUAGAGACAAAGUGCUGAUGGGUCCUGAAGGCAAGCUCAAGUUACAAGACGAAGAAGUGAAUCGUAUCACAGCGUAUCACGAAGCGGGACAUGCGCUAGUAGCAUUUUACACAAAAGAUGCUACUCCACUUCAUAAAGUCACUAUUGUGCCACGAGGACCGUCAUUAGGUCAUACUUCCUAUAUGCAUGAAAAGGACGUUUAUCACACUACAAAGUCACAGUUGUUAGCUACUAUGGACUCUAUGAUGGGUGGGAGAGCUGCAGAAGAGUUAAUAUUUGGGUCGGAAAAAGUAACGACGGGAGCUUCUUCUGAUUUACUACAAGCAACACAGAUAGCCGAGAUGAUGGUUAAGAGUUACGGGAUGUCAGACAAAGUAGGAUUGAGAUCAAUAGUUGAAAAUAAAAAGUUUUUCACCAACAACAACGCGUAUGCGCCAAGCACGAACGAACUCAUUGACAAUGAAGUAAAGAAGCUCUUGCAAGAAUCAUACGAACGUGCAAAGACAAUUUUAAAAACACAUAUGAAGGAACAUAAACAGUUAGCGGAAGCGUUGUUGCAAUAUGAGACAUUGGAUGCCGAUGAUGUGGCUGCCAUAGUAAAUGAAACUGGACUUGGUAAACAAGACUUGUCCACAUUUUCUCCAAAACGAAAAGGAACUGUGAAAUAAAAGCUGUUUAAAAACAAAUUUUUUUUUUUAGAAAAGGUAGGAAUAAAGUGUAAUUGUAUAAAAUUUGACUGGAUAGGAUAAUUCUUAUUUUGUACAAGAAGAAAAUUUAAAUUUACAUGAAAUGUAAAAUAUAUAUAUACACACACACACACACAUGUUCAAAUCUUGUGCAAAAGUUGUUUUCAAGAUUUCAAUUUAAGCAACUCCCGGGUUUUAAAUAUUUAAAAUAGAUAAUAACGCGUUUAGAUAGAUUAUUGUCUCUUGACAAAGAGAAAUUGUAUAAUUUUUUACUGAAAUAGAGCAGCACACACAUACAUAUACGUAUAAAAUAUAUUUCCAUAAUUUUCUAAUUUUUAAUAGAAUAUUUAUUAUCGCUUACGUUAAGUUCGCGAACAGUCGAUAAUUUAAUUAAAAUUUUUACUAGUUAUGCUACAUAGCUUUUUGCUUAUAUAAAAAUUUUCAAACUAAUAAUGAAUAUAGUCAGUAAAAAAGUGUGUUUACAUAUUAAACGUAAUCUUUUAUUGUUCUGUUCUACAUUUGUUUAUUAACGUAAAAACCGAUAUCUUUGAUUCUUUUCAAGCCAGAAAUAGUAUAAAAUUUAAAAUGAUAAAAUAAUUAAUAGGAAGUGUGUCAUGACAAAUUAUUGAAAUGUUGGUCUUUUCUACGAUUGCAUUCACAACUUGUUUGGUCCGUGAUUAAGACGAUUACAAAACACUCAACAAGCAGGAAAGUAUAAACAAAGUUUAGUUUUUUAUUCAAAAAUAUUAUUAAAAAAAUGAUGAGUUGAAAAAUUGUGCACAAA